AUGCAGGUAGGAACCAAACGCUACAUGGCGCCAGAAAUUCUGGCGGAUGAGAGUUUGGAUGAGCGCUGUGAGGCGGAUGGUAUUAUUGCUUGUGAUUCGGAGAUCAGUGCUCUGCGUCGUGGUUUUCCAACAGACUGCCAACAGAACAGCGCAAACCCCUCGCAAACUCGCCAUCCCCAGAGUGCUAUGGGACUCACCUUUGAGGGCAUGAAAGCGGCCGACGUAUACGCAUUCGGGCUGGUACUCUGGGAAAUCUUCAGAAGGUGCUUUACGGCAAACGAUGAGGUGGAUGCCAGUCGCGUUCCCUUCUGGGAUAAGGUCCCAGUUGAUCCGAGUUUUGAGGAGAUGCGACAGGUGGUACUGUUACAAAAAAUUCGCCCUCCAAUUUCUGCCAGGUGGAUGGAUGACAAGGUAAGUCACGACAGGUAUCUCUGUAAGUUCACCGCCAAACGUACUUAG